ACACGACAUUUCCUUUGGCUGGUGUAGAGGUUUACGUUCCCUCCGAGUUCCUUUCUUUUUUGUUCAUUGUUAGUUCAAUCCUUGAGGAGACGGACCAUGUAUCGCGCGGCGCUGAGAUCGUCUCCCCGCGCAUUGCGCAACAUCCGGCAGUCCAACCUCUCUGCCGCCCCUCGACGAUUUCUCACCACCUCUCCAUCAGGCAAGAGGCGGACAUGGAAGGGCGCUGCAGCUCGAUGGGGAACCGCGAUUGCGGCCGUAUACUGGUACAGCACAAGUCCAAUCUUUGCUGAUGAGACGGCCCCUCGAACCGGGCCUCCGCCUCCUCAAUUCUCGGAUUCCGACCUACCUACAGUCGAUGCCGUGAUUGAAGAGAAGCGUCGACAAACCCGAGCAGCCGCACCCCCACCUCCCGAGCCGCAGUCUACGCAACAGACAGCUGCUUCGCCUUUGGACGAGUCUGAGCCGGGCCAGCAAUCACCCGAAGCUUUGGAGGAGGAGGCUGACCAGCAGGGCGCAUUCAAUCCGGAGACCGGCGAGAUUAAUUGGGACUGCCCCUGUCUGGGUGGCAUGGCUCAUGGACCUUGUGGGGAGGAGUUCAAGUCAGCCUUCAGUUGCUUUGUGCAUUCGACUGAGGAGCCAAAGGGAAUGGACUGCAUUGAAAAGUUCCAGCACAUGCGGGAUUGCUUCCGGCAAUAUCCUGAGGUCUACGGCGCCGAACUGGAAGACGACGACGAGGACAACAAUGAUGAAGAAAUAGCACCACCAGCUGCUGGAGCUGAGGCUUCUGGGGCUGGCGACGUCCUUCCCGAACCUAGCAAACCACAACCGGCAGAGACAUCGCCAAAGGCUGAGGAAUCCACACCGCCAACUCAAGAUUCAGCAGAUGGCGCUCAGCCGGUACAGAAUUCGAGGGACGCAAAACAGGAAGCCGAGGAGACCAUCCCGAAGAAGGCUGUCGAUGCGACUGCAGCAAAUCCUGGCAAGGAGCAAUCAUGAUGCCUAUGAGGUUCAUGCGUGGGACAGCUGUAUAGAAUGGCACAGUCUCUACAGGCAUGCAAUGUGUACAAUACAACUGUAUGUAAUCUAUGUGACCAAGAGUGUAAACAAACAAAUAAAUAUAGACAAUCCUCUCUGAG